CUCGAGCAAAGUGGAAGGUGUGUCGCUUGCUGCAUCGGCGGAACUAGCUAAGAGAGUUGACCACAAUGAAUGUGGUUGUGGGGACCCUCAUGGCACUGGCGGCCUGCAUGGGCGUCCACGGCCAGUCCCUCGAGUCCCAGAACCUGAUGCACAGAGCUGUCUUGGACCAGGAAGGCAAAUACGUCAUGCUGUGGACGCCGCGGGAAGAUGACAUCGUUAUCGAAGUGCAGGUGGCAACGAAGGGGUACGUGGGCCUCGGGUUCUCCCCCAACGGCGGGAUGCGGGACGCCGACAUCGUGCUCGGCUGGGUCUCGGACGAGGGAAAGGUUGCCUUGGAGGAUCGCUUCGCCACAGGCAACUCAGAGCCAAGGAAGGACAAGUUGCAGAGCGUAACGCUGCUGACAGGGUACGAGAACGACACCCACACCGUGCUGAGGUUCUCCCGGCCGUGGGCCACCUGCGACGACGAGGACCUUGAACUCUCGGGCGACACAGUGCGGGUCAUCUGGGCCUUCGGCCGAGACGACCAGAUCAAGUGGCACGUCCGGCGCGGGGCGAAGAGCAUCUACCUCCAGGAGCCGCAGUUCUUGCUCCCGGACUUCGGCGACGAUGUUAAGACGUGGGAUCUCGUCAGCGAUAAUAUCAGCCUACCAGAUGACCUACGCACCCUGUACUGGUGCAAAAUUUUCAAGAUGCCUAAUAUUGCACAGAAGGCCCAGAUCAUCGGGUACCUCCCAAUUAUCCAAGAGGGAAACCACCAGUUCGUCCACCACGCCGUCCUCUACGAGUGUAAUCUGCCAGACAGCGCUCGUCACUUUGAGAAAUGGCUGGACGUCAAGGGCGCGCAGUGCCACAGCGCCAGCAUGCCCCUGUCCUGGAAGCGGUGCACGAACCCGCUUUUCGCCUGGGCUGUCGGCGGCGACGGAGAAAUGCUGCCAGACCACGUGGGGUUCCCGAUGGGGGAGGCGCACGGCGGGUCGACCUAUUACCUCAUGGAAAUGCAUUACGACAACCCCAGCCUGGAGACAGGCGUGGUCGACGCGUCCGGAAUGAGACUGUUCUACACAGAAAAGCCGCGGAAGUUCGAGGCCGGGUCCAUGAUCGUCGGCCACGGCCUCUUCAGUCACAUCAUUCCCCCGAAGGCCGACAGGUGGCUCUCCGUCGGCCACUGCACUGCCGAUUGCACCAGCGAGAUGAUCCCUGCCGAUGGCGUAAAGGUGGUCCAGGGUUUACUGCACUCUCACCUGCUGGGGAGGGAACUCUACCUCCGCCAGAUUCGCGACGGAAAAGAACUGCCGAUGGUCUUCAGCGAUGGCAGUUAUGACUUCAACUACCAACAAACAAGAGUCCUGAGGGAGGAGAUGACUAUCCUACCUGGGGAUUCCUUCAUCACGGAGUGUGUGUACGAUUCCAGUGACAGAAGCGACCCAUCCUUUGGCGUCUUUGGCAGUGACGAAGAGAUGUGCCUGGCCUACCUGACAUAUUACCCGAGAACCAACUUCUCCACCUGCACCUCCAACCCCUCGAUGGCCGUCCUUCUCGAGUCUUUCGGCAUUGAUGAGAUCUAUAAAACCGGCAAUUUUCUGGAAGAGUUUACGAAGAAGAUACAACUGGACGAGGAGGCGGAGGCUCGUUUGGCGGAGGAGAUGAAGAGCGAAAACUACACGGCCACGAUUCAGGCCAUCGGAUAUCUCACAAGAUGUUUACGACGAUCGUUUGAAGAUCUCCCGAAAGUAAGUCACGUGCAGGAAGGGAGCCACACUUUCCUUGCCAUCGUUUCUGAGUACUACAACACGUCUCUCUAUGAAAUACUGCACGACGAAGCGACGUGGGAGGACAGCACGCUGCUGGAGAAUUUCCAAAAGGAAGUCCAAUUCGGGAACUUCACCCCGUCCUGCUUCGCAAGCGACUUUACGGAGAGGCUGCCGAAGGAGAAGAGGGGGGCCCGAGCCUACCCCUCAUUCGAAGCGCUGAAGCCAAAGCUCCCUUGUGGAGCUUUGGAGGACGGAUUCUGUAUCAAUAAGUACAUCGGAAUACAGCAAGUUCUUCAUUGCAGAACCGACUCGGCCAGUCGACCUCGGCGAAGACAGCAAGAGGGACGCCGGUGA